AACAACAGAAGAAGAAGAACUUGGAAAAACAACCAACUGCUAAGCGAAGCAACCAUUUCUUCAUUGGAAGGACGCCGGACAUCGCUACCAUGCUGAUCAAGCUGAAAACGCUGCAGCUGCAGACUAUUCAGAUUGAGAUAGACCCCGAACAAACGGUGAAGGCCUUGAAGGAGAAGAUUGAGGCUGAGCGGGGAAAAGACAACUUCCCCGCUUCUAGGCAGAAGCUGAUUUAUGCUGGAAAAAUCUUGCAAGAUGACACGCCUAUUAAAGACUACAAAAUUGACGAGAAGAAUUUUGUGAUAGUGAUGGUCUCCAAGAUGAUGAAGGGUCUGGUGUACCCCUUCUCACGUCGUCCCCUAGUAACACGUCGCCCCAGCAUAUACAAAACCAGAGGAAAGGGAAAGAUGCAGCGGUUGAUCCGAAAGCGCAAUGAGCUGAGACGUCAACUUCAAGAGGCACGGGCGACCAUAAUCACCUUACAGGGGUUGCUGCAGCUGAAAGCUGAUCAAGAGCGCAUGGCUACUACCACAACAUCUCAGCAGCUGCCGGGGCCACAGGCUCCAGGAAAUACCAAUGCAAGACCAUCGGGAUGAUGCCUUCUAACCCCCAGGGAGCCCCGGGCUAUUAUUAUUCUCAAACAACACUAUACUGGAUAUAAAGGACUUUGCUGAUUAUGUAUACCUAAAGGUCCUCAUAAGUGUGCCAAGGUUUCAUGACUUUCUCCAUUUUAUUACAUUUUAUCAUGUAAUCCUAUCAUCUAUCACUCACUAUUAGUAUAUGGUGUGUUCUAGUCUCACUCUUAGUUUUGAUGUGCAAAUAUAUAAUCACCAGUUACUUUUGAGAGUUCACAUUUGUAGUAUUCCACUUUUGACAAUCACCUGUAGAUUCACUUUGUGAUCCUUUUCAGGAUCACAUGGGGGAAAUGUAGAGAAUUAAAACUGCACCAUGAAUAGAAUAUAGUGGAUAAAUGUCUCACAAUAAAUAUAUUUGUGUUAUAAUGGUCAAAUGGUGUGCAUGGCUGUUUGAAGUCGAAGAAAAGUAAUAUGUGCAUGGCUGUUUGAAGGUUGAGAUAAGAUUAGGAGGGAUGAAGAGUGGUGUUGGAAAGAAUCCAAGGCUCUGAUGUUGAGUUGUAUGCAUUGGGAAAACCCAAGGAUGAGUUAUUUUGACAUAUCAAGGUUAAACAACAAAAGCUAUACCGCUGUAUGUUUUAAUGGUCAAACAUCAAAGUUAUGUUUGAUGUUUUAAUGAAAUUUUAAACAUCAAAGUUAUGCUUGAUGAAACGUUGUCUUGACAUAUUAAUGAUAAACAUCGAAGUUAUCCUGAUAUGUGAAGUUUUUAAUGAAACUACAAUGUGUAUCACCAUGGCCUUCAAAGGGGCAAGGCUUUGAUUAAAUUAUAUAAAUUGUACUUUGGGGGGUUUCCACCGGGGGCUCAGGGAAUGAAUAAAAGCGGGACUGUUUCUGUAUGAUAUUCAGAUGUGCACCGGUGAACAUCUCAGGUGGUUGACUUGUACAAUAAACCACUCUGGACCUGA